GAGGGAGCUGGGCAGAGACAGCCCAGUGUUUGCAGCACAGCCUGACCAGGGACCUCAUCCUGCCAAACCCCAUCCCUGCUGCUCCUGCAGCCGGGAUCCCACCGGGCUGACCCCUGUCCUGUCCGGCUCUCCCCACCCAAGGACAGCGAUGGUGGCCACCUGCCUGCACCUGGCUGGAUUUGUCUGCAGUUUUGUGGGGUGGAUCGGGGUGGUUGUGGCCACGGCCACCAACGACUGGGUGGUGACUUGCGGCUACACCAUCACCACCUGCAGGAAGAUGGAUGAGCUGGGAUCCAAGGGGCUGUGGGCAGACUGUGUCAUGGCAACAGGUCUCUAUCACUGCAAGCCCCUCGUGGACAUCCUCAUACUGCCAGGGUACGUCCAGGCCUGUCGAGCGCUGAUGAUCGCCGCCUCCGUGCUGGGCCUCCCUGCCAUCUUCCUGCUGAUAACCGUCCUGCCCUGCAUCCGCAUGGGCCACGAGCCCGGGGCCGCCAAGUACCGGCGCUCCCAGCUGGGAGGGAUCCUCAUCAUCCUCCUGGCCAUGUGUGGCGUCGUGGCCACCAUCUGGUUCCCGGUGUGCGCCCACCGCGAGACCACCAUCAUGAGCUUUGGCUACUCGCUGUACACGGGCUGGAUCGGCUCUGCCCUCUGCCUCUUUGGUGGCUGUGUCAUCGUGUGCUGCUCGGGGGACGCGCAGACCUUCGGUGAGAACCGCUUCUACUACGGCUCGGGGUCCAGCUCGCCCACCCACGCCAAGAGCGCUCACGUGUAGAGCCCCAGGGACGCCCCACGGCUGCCGUCGGAUGCUUUGGCUGGUGGGUUUGUGUGCCCUGGGUUUGCUUCUGCUGUCAGGCUCCCAGGGGGAGAUUUAGAAAAGCAGCACAAACGUCUGGUAGUUUGAAGCAUUAUUCUCCCAGUCUCUUCCCCCUCCUUUCUCUAGAAAGACAGCUCCAAGCCAGCCCUACCUCUUGGUCCUCACCGUUUUGUCCCAACCACCUCCCCCAUCUUCUUGCAGCCAGCAUGGUUUGGGGCUGUGGUGUGGGUUUUAGGGAUUUUAGUUUAUCUUCUAGCUCCCCUGAUUGUAGGAGAGUUUAAAGCAAUAAAGCAGAAAUGAGAGAGACACUUUCCCGUUGUUAGGAGGACUCUGACAGCUUCUCCCCCAUCCUCGCUGUUUGAUUUCCCCCACUCAAGGUCACGGCUCUGGCAGGGCUGGGGAGAGAGGAUAGGGAGGAAGGCUGUCCUCUCCCACAGGGCAAAUGUUUCUCUUUUGGAACAAGAGGAGGGGAUUUUUCUGCCUUUCUCUGUAAAUACUUUUGUAUGAGUCUGAUCAUUUCAGUAACAGUGUUUCCCCCACCCCCACAGUCAUCAGUAUGAAGGAAACCGAACCCAAAGGUCCUAAUGACAUGGUAGAUAACAGUGCCUUUUUAAAUAGUUAUAAAUGACUUUGGGGGCUCUAAUCCCUGCCCUCUGGUUUAGUUUAUUUUUGGUUUUUUUUUUCUUUUGUACAGAUCAGUUACUAAAAAAUGUAUUUUUACAUUUUUUUAAACUCCUUUCUUUCUUCAUCUGAGUUUGUGUUCUGUCUUGCCUCGUUAAAGCAGCACAUUUUAACAUGCAGUGUAAUGUACCUGUUACAAUACAAUUCUGGUGAGUACUGAUGAUGCCUUUGUACUUUCAGUGAAAUACUGUACAAUAAAUAACAGAGUACCUGCAAA